UUUUCCGUUAAACUAAGCCGGUUUCAAGUUUCAGCUCCUCCUUGAAUUCCAGGCUGCUGAGACUUCCCUCUAGAAUCCUCCAACAUGGAGCCUCUUGCAGCUUACCCGCUAAAAUGUUCCGGGCCCAGAGCAAAGGUAUUUGCAGUUUUGCUGUCUAUGGUUCUAUGCACAGUAACGCUAUUUCUUCUACAACUAAAAUUCCUCAAACCUAAAAUCAACAGCUUUUAUGCCUUUGAAGUGAAGGAUGCAAAAGGAAGAACUGUUUCUCUGGAAAAGUAUAAAGGCAAAGAGGUUUCACUAGUUGUAAACGUGGCUAGUGACUGCCAACUCACAGACAGAAAUUACUUAGCACUGAAGGAACUGCACAAAGAGUUUGGACCAUCCCACUUCAGCGUGUUGGCUUUUCCCUGCAAUCAGUUUGGAGAAUCGGAGCCCCGCCCGAGCAAGGAGGUAGAAUCUUUUGCAAGAAAAAACUACGGAGUAACAUUCCCCAUCUUCCACAAGAUUAAGAUUCUAGGAUCAGAAGGAGAACCUGCAUUUAGAUUUCUUGUUGAUUCUUCAAAGAAGGAACCAAGGUGGAAUUUUUGGAAGUAUCUUGUCAACCCUGAGGGUCAAGUUGUGAAGUUCUGGAGGCCAGAGGAGCCCAUUGAAGUCAUCAGGCCUGACAUAGCAGCUCUGGUUAGACAACUGAUCAUAAAAAAGAAAGAGGAUCUAUGAGAAUGCCAUUGCAUUUCUAAUAGAACAGAGAAAUGUCUCCAUGAGGGUUUGGUCUCAUUUUAAACACUUUUUUUUGGAGACAAUGUCUCACUCUGUCACCCAGGCUGGAGUGCAGUGGUGCAACCUCAGCUCAUUGCAACCUCUGCCUCUUUAAACGCUAUUAAAUGUGGCAAAGAAGGAUUUUUUUUUAAUGUUAUCUUGCUAUUAAGUGGUAAUGAAUGUUCCCAGGAUGAAGAUGUUACCCAAAGCAAAAUCAAGAGUAGCCAAAGAAUCAACAUGAAAUAUAUUAACUACUUCCUCUGACUGUGCUAAAGAAUUCAGAAUUCAGUGACCAAUGUGCCUCAAUAUCUUAUUGUUCAACUUGACAUUUUCUAGGACUGUACUUGAUGAAAAUGCUAACACACUAGACCAUUCUUUGGAUUCAAGAGCACUGUGUAUGAUUGAAAUUUCUGGAAUAACUGUAAAUGGUUAUGUUAACGUAAUAAAACACAAAUGUUGAAAAGUAUAAAAUAUAUAUACAUAGAUUCAAAUCCUUAUAUAUGUGUGCUUGUUUUAUGUACAGGAUUUUGUUUUUUCUGUUUAAGUGUAGGUUCCUAGUGUUUUACUAUAACUGUCACUAUGUAUGCAACUGACAUAUAAAAUAGUCAUUUAUAAAUGGCCAUAUUAUAACAUUUGAAAAAGUCUUCAUUUUCAGUAUUUCUCUCUGCAUUAUUUUUUAGAAGCAACUCAAAUUCUGUAAUCAUAAUAUUACCAAAUAAGUCAGUCUUUAUUCUUGCGUGAAAAUCCCAAGUGUAGAAAAAAGGACAUGAGUAUAAGAUCAUUUAGCUUGAUUCCUUAUAGGUUGAUUUGGGUUGCUAAUGUAUUCAUUCUAGAUUAGCCACUUGGAAGGAAUUCAAUGCUGCAUCAUUCUGAUGGCUGAAAUAGUAAAAACCAACUCCAAACAGCCUAAACUCUAGUGUAAAAAUGGGGUGAUCAUAUAAGUCCUAAAGUGUAGAUCAGCAGUCACUGAACCUCUUAGUAGAGUCACAAGGCACUUCUUCUCCCAAAAUCAUGGCCUUUAUAUUUUGUUAGCCUUAUAAUUGGCUAACAAAGGAAACUGCCAAGUUGGUGAAGGUUGAUUAUUGCCUCAUGAAAUACACAUUCACUGCAUAAAAUAAAUAGGAAGAUGGCCAAAAAUGUAAAAAUAGUCACAUAAAAUUUUCUAAGAAGAAAAAGACCCGAUUUAAGUAGUCUGUGACUUGACUCCCAAAUCCUGACCUAAUGGAUGAAAGUGAAGAUGUUUCUUAUGGCGAAUUCAGUAAUGCUACCUCAGUAAAUAGUUCUGUAUAUGUAUUUGGACCAAAGUUCUUAGAUAAACCAAAAAUACUUCAUGAAGCAUCUUCUGCUUCAAAGUACAUAUCCAGCCACCCAGCUAUGAAGGUAUUUAGAAAGAUAUUUGGUGGAGGUGGAGGUGGAGUUUCUACCAGAAGUCAAGAGGAUUUGUAGGGAUAGCCUCACGAAUGCCAGAUGAGUGUGUCAGCAAGCCUGCUCCUACCGCUCGCCAGCUGUGUGACUUUAGGCAAGUCACUUAAGUACCUUAUUUCAGUUUCCUCACCUGUAAAUUGAACAGGGGUUGAAUGGAAUAAAAAAGCCCUUUGCAACUUUAAAAGUCAAUUAACACACUUAGCAAGGUGUUUUAAGUGACCAGGAAGGAAAUCAGAAUUAACCUGGAUUGCUGGA